GAAAUUGAAUACACUUUCACAGGCUGGCCUAUAAAAAUCGCUGCCAACUUAGGCUGGUCUGACUCUAACCUCGUAAGACUAAGGACAAUUAUUUCGCUUUUGAAUUUAGAAAAGUCUUAAACUCUAAUUGAACAUGUACUUGUCCAAGUACGCGGGAAUUUAUCAACUUAAGGUCUCAGCACAUUGUUACAACUCAACAGCCACUCGACUCAAAAUUAAAUAUUGAAAUUAAAGCCUUAUCUUGUAUGUCCUAUAGUACAAUGUUUAAAAUUUAGGUAACGUCGGGUGGUCUACGCGUCGUCCACUAAGGUGAACCAAAAGUGAGUUGAGUUGGUGUGGAAUUGGUAUAGUGUGCGAAGACCUUUACGAGUAUAUGCAGAUACGCCUUUCUCCCCACAACUCAUCAACAAAUAAUAAAACAAGUGAAUACACAUACGUCCUUUCCAUUCAGUCCACGCGGGGGUGAGCAGUCAUUCCCGCCGACGCUGCCGCGCCGCACGCACGCCGUUCGCUUGUGAGGAUCGAAACUUUUGUGUUGUGAAGAUGGUGUUGACUGAUUUUCUCACGGAGACUCGAAGGAGGUGGUUGAAGGCUUUCAAGCUAUUCAAACGGAGCAAAAGCCGCAAGAGCGCACGCAACCGCAUCUCGCCCCUCGUGCGCUCACCAUCUUACUCUGGCACCGUCGACGCUCGCUCCGAGAUCGACAUCCAACGCUAUUGUCCUUGCAGAGCCUCCUUACCACCUCUCCGCAUCCCAAGCGAAAGCAUCGAUGGAUACAGUAGCUGCAAUAGCUACGACAGCUCACGAAACGAAAGUUUACGGAGUUACGAAUGCGGAUACAACUGCGCGCGAUCAGACUCAGCCUAUGAGUCCGCUAGAAGCAGCCCAGCUAGAGCACCGGUAUGCUAUGCCACAGUUACAUAUUUUAACGUUAACGACAGCGAAGAUAGCAGCAGUAUCAGAACAGAAUACACGCUACUAGAUUAUGAUGUGGAGGACAGAGAAAUGGAUGGGACUGAGGAGAGAGCGCAGAAUCUUAUCAACGAAAGCUUGGAGCUAGUUAGCACUUUAUGAAUUAGUUUUAGCUAAGGUAGAUUUUGUAUGUUAGUGUUUUGUUUUGGAUUAGCUUAAAAAUAGGUUUAACUGUGGUGUGUAAUGAAAGUACUUGAAAAUAGUACGAAGAUUCCACGGAAUGGACUGCAAUGGAGUUUAAAAUAACACAAUCGAGGUUUUAAAGUGAACGCCACGGUCAAAUAAUAAUAUAUCAAAGAAACGAAUUAAUUUGAGUUAUGUUUAACUGUUUAGUUAGGUUAGAUAUAAAUUAAAUAACUAAAUAUAGAUUGUGUCAUUCACGAAGGCGCAUGCUUUAACUCGUAAAGCCAUGUUCUUAAAGGUUAGUUUUCACAAAUCUGCGCGUCUUCGUGAAUGACACGAACUAUAAUAUAUUCUCUAGUAACUUCGAAAUACUGAACAAUCAGCAUCUUACUAUCAAUGACUGAUAAAAAAAUAUAUAAGUUAAAAUUUCACUAGCUAAUCGUCGCUAUACUUACUCAAACUCGUAUCUGAUAUAUGUAUCUAAUAUAUAGAUACGAGGUUGAUUAAGUAUAGCGACGAAAUUUUGGAGUUUUUUCUUGUAUGGGCCUUAGGAGGCUAUUGAUUCUUUAAAUGCAUAAACAAUUGAUUAUUUGCGUCUACCAAAGUUUGUGUGAUAUCAUAAAGUAUAAUUAUAUGUUAGUAUUAAUGUACUGCUAAUGCCUGUCAAUACCAUAUCAUACCUAAAUAAUGACCAUAUGUAUAUAUAUCCAACAAUAUUAGAGCAUUUUGCUAGGGUAUAAUUAAAUAUGUUUUUAUAUUUUAAUUCAAGGAUUUCACCAAAUAAAAAUAAUUUAAUGCUCAAUAUCAAUAUGAACGUCAUUUAAACUAGGGGCCUCUUGCACCAUUCCACUAACCCGUCCGGGGUGAACCGGUUAAAUCUUUAACCCAAUAUCAAUUUGUACUAACCAUGGUAACUCCAGGUUUAACCAGUUAAUCCCGGGUUAGUGAAAUGGUGCAAGUUGCGCUUAGUAAUUUAAUGGUUAUUUACAGUACAUAUGGUGCUACUUAAGCUACUUUCUCGCACGUGUGUGGGAAUGAACACAUUCCGUGCAUAUGUCGAAACUUUAAAGAGCUAUUUGUACUGUAAAACUUUGUACGAUACACAUGCGAAUAGGUAAUUCCUAUUUUCUGCACUUGUAUCGUAAAUAACUAUCGUAUGUUUCAAACAUUCCAAAUCUGCAUAUUAUUAGGAUUUUGAUACACGAGCGCAGUGUGGUCAUUGUUAAUAAAUAAGUAAUUUUAUAUUUUACAUAUAUUCUAUAUCGUUGAUCUCAAUUAAAUUUUAUUAUCUAGACAUUAAGUUUAUCCUUCGUUCCAAUUUGCAAUUGUAAAAACAAGAUAUAAUCUGAAGAAGUUAAUUCUGCAUCUGCAACGACUUUGACAGCACAAAGAAAUUUGACGUAUAUGGUGACAUUACCACACAUCAUUGCAAAUCCGGUGCAGAGCUUGGUUGGUGUUCCGACGAUCAUAACCGUACUGCGGUGGCAGCGUGGUUCCAUUUUUAUCACUCGCCACUAUACCCGUCACUUUCGCACUUACGUACUUGUUAGAACGUGACAGGUAUGAUGAGAGAUAAUAAAGAGCUGAGCAUCUUAGCCUUACUGGAUUUAAAGAGCAUGCUAGAACAGUCCGAGUCCAGGCCGCGUCACACUUCGUUGUUUAUAAAAAAGUACGUGACCACCGAUCAACCUUAAUAAAAAAUUAGGUGCCGGGAGCCUCGGCCCGAUGCUGAGGGUCUACCGCGAACCACGUUCGACGUGUUGCCUCCCUGUCAUACUUACGUACGAAUUUACAAGUGUGACAUAGAGAUAACACCUAGACCGAUCUAUAGAGUCAACCCCUUGAAAUCCACAAAAAAAUAAUAGAGGAAAGUAAAUUUAAUUUAGAUAUUAUUUUCCUUUAAAUGUAUGAAAUGUUUUAAUAUUUCGUUUCUAACUCGCAUUGAAACCAUAAAAGCAGACUGUAUUUGAAUAAAUGUAUGUUAUUACUUGAUUUUGUAUCAUAAUUCGCUAAAAUUGCCAAUCAUUUGCGAUUGGGAACGCGAAAUAAGCUUGUAGUGAAUAAAUUUCACCAUUUACAAACAUUGUACGAAGGGUAUUGUAAUAAAUUGAUGUCAUAAUUA